AUGAAGCAACCUCAAGGCUCUAUUCAUCUGGAUUUUCCUACCUAUUUUUGCAAGCUUGAGAAGUCCUUAUAUGGACUCAAAAAAGCCCCAUGGGCUUGGUUUAUGCGCCUAUCUCAAUCUCUACUUCAAUUUGGAUUUAUUUCCUUGCCAGUGGACUCUUCAUUAUUUAUUUAUCAUCAAGGAAAUAUUCACUUGUUCUUUCUCUUCUAUGUGGAUGAUAUUCUUGUGACAGGCACACAUCGUUCCCUUAUUGCAUCUCUAAUUGGAAUGUUGCAAAUGGAAUUCAAAAUGAAGGAUCUGGGUUCAUUAAAUUAUUUUCUUGGCAUUCAAGCUCAUCAAGACUCUACGACCUUACACCUCCAACAAUCAAAGUACAUUGGUGAUCUUUUCAAUCCCACUAAGAUGAUUGGUGCCAAACCGUAUCCCUCACCAUGCUCCUCAGGAAUUCAGCUUUCAACUCAUGAUGGUGAACCUCUUUCAGAAGCUCAAAUUAAUGAGUAUCGCCAAACUAAUGGUGCUCUACAAUAUUGCACUUUGACUUAUUUGGAUAUUGCUUUUUCAAUUAACCAACUGUGCCAACAUAUGCAUUGUUCAAGAUCCACUCAUUGGUCUUCUACUAAGCGGGUUCUCCACUAUCUCAAAGGAAUAAUUGACAACGACUUAUGGUAUCAAAAAAGAUCUCUUACUAUUCAAGCCUAUUGCGACUCUGAUUGGGCCGGUAAUCCUGGUGAUCGCUAUUCGACUACAAGCUAUGGUGUCUUUUUUGGUUCCUGUUUAGUUUCUUGGACUGCUAAGAAACAAACUCUUAUAGCACGCUCUAGCACUGAGGUGGAAUAUAGGGCUUUAGCAACUACCAUAGCCAAACUCUAUUGGAUUGCUGAUGUUUUUACAAAGGGAUUAAGCACAAGUCGUUUUUAUGAGCUUUGGCACAAGCUGGAAGUGUGCCUACCCCCUUCCAGCUUGCAGAGGGAUGCUAAGCAAGAGAAUCAGUCCACUUCCUUAAAUCUCAACAUGGAAAAUAUCUCUCCAAUGACUUCAACAUCUGCAACAAACAUAUCGACUUUGACAACCUGA